AUGAACCACCGCGACGGCGACGCCUUUGACCGCGUCCACCCGGACCUUAUCGAUCUCAUGCUUCGGGUUAAUAUCGACCCGCCUAUAGACCCCCCCUCUGAGGACGCCAUGGCUCGGAGUAUAUAUCUGGCUAUUCAAAUGGCGGAUGAACUUGAGCAGGUUGACUUGGUAGAGAGGAUCAUCCCCGAGGAGGAGCUUGCAGCUGAGCGACUUGCAGAGGGAGACUUUCUCAAUCUCGACCACCGGAUUACACUCGAUGAGGUGGAGAGAUUGGCUGCGCUUCGAGCGACGCCUGAACCUGAAAGACAGGUUGAGCGACUGCGUGGUAACCUUGGAGAGUGCAUCAUCUGUGGUGAGGGGGGACAUGUCAGAGUCCCUUGCAACUGCGUAUACUGCUAUCCUUGUCUCCGCGAGUUGAUCCGACGAGGUCUCGCUGGUCUUACCGAGUUUCCUCCAAGAUGCUGUGUGCACUUUAGAGAGGAGACGAUUCGACUUGCACAGCGUCCAGCCCUGGUACAUCUUUUCCGCCAGCUGGAGGAGGAGAGCGAAGUCCCCUUACCGGACCGAUUAUACUGCCACGAUCCCCACUGCGCAGCAUUUAUUCCCCUGGACUGUCAUGGGGAGUGUCUCAUAUGCGAGCAGUUGACUUGUCAGCGCUGCGGAGGGCGAAAUCAUGGUAGACGGAGAUGUGAUGAGGGGGAGAUUGGGGAGGAUUUGUGCGUUGCUUGUCGAGCAGAGUUCUGUCUCAUUUGUGGUGAGCGCUGGAAGUCGUGCGACUGCGAGUUAUACGGAGGGCAUAAUCACAUGGUGCCGAUGCGACGUCGGCCUGGAAGGAAGCCGGAAAGGUACCGUCGGGCUCCGCGAAAUGUGGAAGCUGUUGAGCCUGCCCUAAGAAUUCCUCAGUUGCGGCCUCGAUACGGAGAAGAGGAUCGUGGUCCGAGAGUCACGGGGGUGAGAAGACGAACGAGACGUCUGGAGAGACUUCCCAUGAGAGAACACGAGCAUCGAGAGAGAAAUGAUGCGGAGCCGGGUCCUGCUCAUGAACAUCACCGUCGACAUCAUGGGCAUCGAGAGAGAGAAGAAGAGCAUGCAGGCCCUGCUCAUAGACAUCAUCAUCAUCGACACCGAGUAAGAGAGGAGGAAGCAGGUCCUGCUCAUAGAGAGCAUCGUCGACACCGGGCUCAAGAAGACGAAGAUGCAGGCCCUGCUUAUAGACGGCCUCAUGGUCUAUAUCAAGAAAGAGAUUACGCAGAGGCGGGUCCUGCUUAUGGACGGCAUCACCACCACCGAGAGAGAGAAGAAGAUCAGGUAGUCUAUGCUUAUAGGCGGGACCGUUGGGAUCAGGUGUACGAAAGACCUCAACCAGAGCUGGUCGAGCCUGAGCCGAUGCCUGACCUGGAUCUACCGCCCCCGGCAAUGGAGGCACCAGAACCACACCCACAAGAAGAACGGAUAGUGAGACUCCGCGACGUGGUUGAUUUCGCCCGACUACCCCCGCCUGACCCUACCAAUAUAUUUACGAGGAUGGAAGACGUUGCUGAACUCCUCCAUGAGGUGUACAUACCAGAAGGACAACAUCUUCAUGUGCCAAUGGACCGCCAACGGUGGGAUAUUUUCAGGAACAGGGAAGAUGUAGGUCCUCUUGUGGAUUUUGCAAUGCAUCAAGCACAUCCCCUCUGGGACUGGAGAUUUGCCCAGGCUGAAGCGUUGGGCCGCGCGGAGAGGAUACAUCAGUGGGCGCAGACCUUGCCUGGGUCGCCCUACCACCGCGGCCCUCGAGUAACAGUCGGCAAUCUCCUCUCAGAAGGAUGCCCCAACCGUGGUGGGAGUUCUUUCUCCUGCGCAACAACCACCUUUUGGCGAUUGCGAUUCGUGAGGUUAGAGCUGCAAGGAGAUUGCCUGAGCCGAAUGAUGAGGCUGUGA